GAGGAAACGGGUGGAAAAAUUGGGAGCGACGCUGGGGGCAGGUUUCUUGUUUGUCCGGGAGUUGGAGUGAGGGCCCGCGGGGGCGGGGAACGACGACGACCACCCCGACCGUUGGCGGGGAGAAGCCGCCGCCACCAUGACCGUGUCGGAGAGUCAGCUGAAGAAAAUGCUUGGCAAGUACAAGUACAGAGACUUAACUGUUCAGGAAACUGUCAGUGUUAUUGCCCAAUACAAAGACCUCAAACCUGUAAUGGAUGGUUAUGUUUUUAAUGAUGGUUCAUCAAGAGAAUUGAUGAGCCUCACUGGAACCGUCCCUGUAAGUUACAGAGGUAACACAUACAAUAUCCCAAUAUGUCUGUGGCUGUUGGAUACAUAUCCAUUCAACCCUCCAAUCUGUUUUGUUAAACCAACUAGUACAAUGACAAUUAAGACUGGGAAACAUGUUGAUGCAAAUGGCAAAAUAUAUCUUCCAUAUCUGCAUGAAUGGAAACAUCCACAAUCCGAUUUGAUAGGAUUGAUUCAAGUUAUGAUUGUGGUGUUCGGAGAGGAACCUCCAGUAUUUUCUCGGCCGACCAUUUCAGCAGCCUACCCACCUUACCAGGCAACAGGACCACCAAACAAUCCCUACAUGCCAGGUAUGCCAAGUGGGAUGUCUCCUUUCCCCCCUGGACCUGCUCCUAACCCAAGUGGUUACCCAAACUAUCCUUACCCUCCCCCCAGCGGACAAUUUCCAGCAACAACUAGUACACCACACUACCCUACUCAGCCUCCUGUAACUACCGUGGCAGAUGGCAGAAGAAAGCAGAAACAGGUAUGGAUUUGUGGUCAUUCUUAUGUUUUCUGGGCAGAAAAACGGGCACUUGAAAGAAGCUUUGGCACACAGUUGGGCAUUCGAAUGGAUGAUGCCAAAUUACAUUGGCUAGGAAAGAGUGGCAUGACGUGGGAUCAGUUAAUACCCACUCUGUUGCAUACACGGAGGCGUCUAUCAGAUCCUGAUGUGCUCGUGGUCCAUCUAGGAGGAAAUGACUUGGGGACAGACAGAAAUGUGGAUAUCGUAAACCAGAUGAAGAAAGAUUUAGGACAUCUUAAGCAAAUAUUCAAGAAUAGUAUUCUGGUCUGGUCUAAUAUGGUGCCCCGCAAAGUAUGGAACCAAGAUGUGCCUCAUAGAGUGAUGGAGAAAUACAGGAAAAGAAUCAAUCGGGAAAUUGGCUAUUUUAUGGAGUAUAUCGGAGGGACUGUGAUCAGACACGAUUCACUUGUACCAGAGUCUCCUGGAUUGUUUCAUCUCGAUGGUGUCCUCUUGUCUGAAAGUGGCACAGAUAUCUUCAAUUUGGAUUUACUGAGUGUUUUGGAAACUUUGGUCUGACUUUCACUUAGAAGGAAGAAUGAUAAUGGAGCUCAAUUUAGACAAGCAAUCUGGAGAUAGAUAUGAUUAGAAGUUUAUGAACAGUGUGAUAAAUUGAAUUUACGUAUAGUGGAAUUGCCCUGUUAGUAUGGUGUGGUGGGUAUUGAUUGGCAAGGCAGUUGCCUAGGGCACUGUCCUGCAACCACUAGCGCAAGACAUUUGCUCCUAUAUUUUACGGCUUUGUAAGUUUAGUUCAAUUUUUUUGCAUUGAAUUCAAUUCACUUCUGAUGUUGCUUAGAGACACUGCUAAACAGUUUAAUUCUGUGAUUGAUUUUUUCCCAUCCAAAAACGUUCAGUUGAUACACAAUGAUGAUAUCAAUCCAGAAUGUGCAGAACAGUUUAUAGAAGUGUUUCAUAUGGGUAAGAUGGGACUAAGCGUUAGGAGUUAUCAAUGCUGGCAUUUAAUAUUACACUUCAGAACUUCAGGAAUAUAUAACUUUGAAAGAUGAGAGCCUAACUUAGGUACAGUAGGCAAGUCAGUUGGAGCUCUAGGAUUCUUGUUACACUUUUGAAAAUACACCAUUAGUUAAGUGUUGAAGCAUUUGUGAAGCAUAAGUGCUUACUAAUAUACCUUACAGGCAGUGUCUUGUUCAAAUGUAAUAUUCUUGGUUUAAUAAACCAUAACUUAUUAAGCUAAGAACAAGCAGCGGGUCCACAUACUGCCCCCUUGCCUCUCAGUUCCUCGCCUUGUGUGCUUGCUUUGAUCCUGAACUUUUAACAUCACUUCAUGUGUGUUUUAUGCUGAAAUGGGGAGUUCUGGUUCAAUGUCAGUUUAUUAACCAGUAUCAAUCCUGGUUAGUAAACCAACAUUAAAGUGCAGUUCCCCAUUACAGGCGUAAUAAGAGACUGUAGUUUAAAGAAACUAAGUGUCGAAUCCAGUGCGCAAAGAGAGACGGCCCCAUUUAUAUUAAAAGGAGAGAAGAGUCGCAUGCUUUCAAAGGUGUGUACUUGUGGAGCUGCUUCCUUCACUGAAGUCCGUGGAGGAGUUGUUUUGGUUGAGGGAGCUUUUAGCCUUGACUCAAGCUUGACACAGCAAUUUGUGUUGUGCGAUAGACCUAAAUAUUUCAGAAGAUCACCAUGACAUCAGUGAAUCACUAUGAUACUUGUAAAAGAUUUUGUCAUUUUAAAUGACAUACUAUUGAUAUGAUUCUAUCACCCUUAGUUAACACUUCUUAUGCUCUUCCUAAAAUCUUGUUUGCAGGAUAGCUGUGGCAGUUGGAUAGGCUGCAUAGAUAGCAAGGGUUUUGGAAAAUGAAAAUAAAAAUAGAGUUCUUGCCAAGGGUGAAGGGGAUCUUUCACUUGUGAACUCUAUUUAAAAUGGUAUGAAUUUCGAUGUUCUGUUUGCCUGGAAGCCAUUAAACUGUUUGACAGUGUCUCUGUAAGAUAGCUAUGCCACCUUUUGCUUUGGCAUUGUUGUGCCGCUUUUUCCUGGAAGAAGGCAGGCCUGUAUCAGAAUUUUCUUUUUCAUAUAAUUUAAUAGAACUACCAUUUUCCACAAUCAUUUUAGGGGGGAAAUUAAAAUACAGGGAAGUGUUUGCACAUGAUUUUUUUUUUAAAAAAACAACUCUGUCAUGUAGUUAACAAUUUGAUUAGUCUUAAGAUGAGUAAAAGACGCCAUAGGAGGCAAUAUUCUUUGGUGUUUUGGUAGUGAAUUUCAUAUAAAUUGAUUUUAUAUGGUACUGUGCCUUUACGUUCCUUUCACAAGCAAGAGCGAGCUUAAUUUCAAUGGCUGAUGUUAUCUCCCUAUCUUCUCUGAAGCUAAGUCACUAUCAACUUUAGUUGAUUCUUCACUGUAAUGGCUUUAAAUAACCAAACAUCCAAUCUGCUAAACUUCUUGGAGGUGGACUUUGGAAACUACAGUUCAGCACAAACUUGAUUCUGGAAUGUAGGACUACAACAGGAGUGGAAUGGUAGAAGACAGAUCUAUGGAAAUUAACUUUAUUGCAGCUUCGGAUGAAGACCUUCAAUCUGUUUAUUUGUAUAUAAUCUCUUUGAAUACCUCUGAAGCAUUCCACGAGGAUGAGGAGAACUAUAGAUCCUUUGGGAGGAACUGAGACUGAAUUCUACAUAUGUAUAGAGUGAUCCAGCUCUUUCUAAUGAGGACAUAGAAGCACUUACCAAUGCUUGCAACAGACUACAUUUUGUAUACUUGCGUGUAGUAGGGCCUUUAAGUUUCAGUAUUUGGCAAGACCUGAUAUCUUUUCUACGUUAUUGAUGGUGAAGAGUAUAGUUUGAUUCAUCUAAUUUGUAUAACUUGGAGAUUUGUGUGUUAAAAAUAAAAUAUGGGUCUUUA